AUGGAAGAGUUAGAGUACAGAGCACUCAUAGAAUGGUACUGCAGACAUCGUUAUUACAAUGAAAUGUUGUUUCAUGCUAAACAAGCGUGUGACGCACAUCCAGCAAGUGAUUAUUUACGAGUAUUAAUUGCACUUGCACAUGCACUUAACGAUCAGAGUGGAGAAGCCAUUAGGGAAGCUGCAAGUUUGACUAAUUAUGGUGAUUCAAGUCUGGCUGCAUUACUUAUACAAAGCUUUGCACAUAGAGCAUCUGGCAAUGUCGAUAGAACGAUCGUGACACAGAUUGAUGCAAAAAUUCGAGAAGAUAGAAGAAAGGCAGGUGCACCUGCACUGUCAUUGGCUGCGAUUGUUCUUUCUUUACUUGGGAAAGCUGAAAAAGCUAAGGAAUAUGCUGACAGGGCUUAUAAAAUGAAUCCAGCUAAUGUCGAUGUUCUGUUGGCUAAGGGUUGGUCAGAAUUAUAUUUGCCAAAGGACAAUCGUGCUGGAAAAUCGAUCGACUAUUUUGAAUUGAUUUUAAAAGAGAAUAAGAAACACUUGAGUGCUUUGCUGGGUUCAGCAAAAUUCAAAGAAAAUAAAGGCGACCAUUCAGGUGUUAUUUCGAUAUUAAAUUCAUUGAUUGUCAGAUAUCCAAGAUUGUGUUUGCCAUUGAUUGAAAAGAUGAGUAAUCAAUUAGCCGUCAAAGAUUGGGAACAGGUGAUCGAAUCUGCAAACAGAAUAUUACAAAUUGACGCAAACAAUCUUGACGCAAUAAAGAUGAAAGCACUUGUAGCUAUGUGCAAAGAUGGAGAUUACGUCGAAGGUUUGAGAUUCGCUCAGCAAUAUUUUCGAAAUUUGGCACGUGCUGAACCCAGAAACGUCAAUCUUCUGAUUGACAGUGUUGAAUUGUACUCAAGAGUAAUUGGCAGAGAUUCGGGAAUAUUAAAUGAACUGAUAAAAGUCGUUGACAAAGCCGUACAAAUGAAUCCACAAAAUGGCGAGCUAAUGGUUCUACUUGGGAAUCUUUAUGUGUUCAUAGGUAAAAUUAAAGAGGCUGAACAUUGGUUCAGAAAUACAGUGAGAAUCGACGAGUCGUCAUUUGCCGCAUUGACAGGAUUGGCUCACUGUCAAAUUCUUGACACUUCAGCAGGCGCCAUGGAAUUAGCACGGCAACAAGUUGAUUUUCUUCUGGAAAUACAAUCGGAAACAGCUAAUGCUGAUAUUUUAUUCAUGUCCGCUAAACUUUGCAGCAACGAACCGAACAAGGCUUUAAGCUAUUUGGAUAUGGCUGCCACAAUACUUUUGGAGGAUUGUAAAAAUAUUCCUUACGGUUCCGAAUACCUGAAGGCGUUGAAUCCGGAUUUUUGUUUGGAAAUAGCCAAAGAGCAUUUAAUCCAUUCACCCACUACUGUUGUAUUGGAUGCCACUGACAAAGUUUCACUGUCAAUGAACGAAGUGAGCACAAAACGUAGUCUAAAUAUUUUGGAAAAAGUAACGGACGCGUGCCCCGGUCUGGGCGCUGCCAUGUUGAUGUUGGGAAAGGCAAGAAUGCAAAAUGGAAAUUUGGACGGUGCUUUAGAAAUUUUACGUAAACUUUUAGACACCGUGGAUCCAUCAAGUGCACCAGCGCAUCUAUUGAUAGCUCAAAUUUUAGCGAAACAGGGUCAUUAUCAACAAGCUUCACAAAGUCUGGAAGUGGGUCUCAGUUACAACUUCAAAGUCAGAGACGAUCCUAUUUAUCAUCUGAUUAUCGGCAUGGUCGAGAAGGAAAAUGGCGACUUGAAUGGCUGUAUUCGCAGUUUCCGAACAGCCAUGUCGUUCGCUGGUUUGCAACCAGGCGAAACUGAUGGAUCAAUAAUUCCUAUAUCAUUGUCUGACAAGACCACCUUAUAUUUGGAAUUGAUUUCUGCGUACAGUAAGAUCAGAGAAUUCAACGAAGCAUUGACCUUAAUGGAGGAUGCUAAAAUCCACAUGAACGGUACUGUUGAAGAGGGUCGAGUGAUUAUUGGAAAUGCUGAAUUAUGUUUAGAAAUGGGUGACAUGGAAAAGGCAAUUCAUUAUUUGAAUAAGGUGUCGCCUGGUGAAUCUUAUUACCUACAAGCUCAUACAAGACUCGCUGAAAUUCAUUUGAAUUACAGAAAAGAUCGUCAUGCCUUCGCAAAGUGCUUCAGGGAAUUGGUUGAACAUUGCCCAGGUUCAAAAACUUACAGUAUGCUUGGAGAUGCAUAUAUUGCUAUACAGGAACCCGACAGAGCGAUAGAGGCCUAUGAGCAGUCGCUGCGAAAAAAUCCAGGAGAUAAAACGUCAGCGAGUAAAAUGGGAAAAGCAUUGGUAAAGACACAUCAGUAUGGAAAAGCCAUUAAUUAUUACAAAGAAGCUACAAAGCAAGAGGGAUCUAACGAACUGAAAUUAGACAUGGCUGAGUUGUUCAUGAAAAUGAAACAAUACGACAAGGCCGAAGUGACGUUGGUACAAGAACUACAAGAUGGUCGCAGUGCCAACGAUUUGCAAAGUUUGGAAAUGCGUAGCAAGCAAUUGUUGUUGCUUGCCAAGGUUCGCGAGAAGGCUGGAAAUAUUCAAGCAGCGUUAUCCACUUUGAAAGAGGCAAAGGACAAUCAAGUCAGAACUAUACAAAGAAUGGCGAUGGCUCCUGGAAUUAUAGAACAAAAACAAAUCUUAGCUCAAAUAUGCUUAACAAUGGCAUCUCAUGCAUCUGGCAUGAGGGACUUUGAUCAAGCUAUAGUACAUUACAAAGAAGCACUCAAUCACAAACCAGCAGACGUCAAUGCAUUGUUAUCUUUGGCAAAAUUAUACAUGCAGAUGAAUGAUUUGGAUCGAUGUGCCCAAAGCUGUACUGCACUUCUAAAUGCGGAUCCAAAUAAUGAAUCAGCGUCAGUAAUGAUGGCUGAUUUGGCUUUUCGAAAAGUCGAUUUUGAAACAGCAGCUUUUCAUUUUCGACAAUUACUCCUACGACGUCCAACGUAUUGGACAGCGUUAGCCCGACUGAUCGAAGUGUCUCGUAGAAUAGGUAAUAUGGACGAAUUAAACGAGUGGCUGUCGCGCGGAGAAGCAGCCAUGGAUCGUUCGAAACGCGAAGCUGGUUUUUCAUAUUGCGCUGGUCUCUUGGAAUGGCGAACAGGAAAAUUAAAUUCGGCACUUCGCCACUUCAAUUCUGCACGUCGUGAUCCAGAAUGGGGACAACAAUCGAUAUACAAUAUGAUCGAGAUAUGCCUUGAUCCUGAUGACGAUUCGACUUUAUCGAAUGAUCCUUUCAAUGACGAUGACUCCGAAUAUCAGGACUCAAGAACAAUGGCUUUAAAAACUGCACAGCGUCUUUUGCAAGAACUCAAUCCUAAGGGUAGUCCACAUGAAAUAUUGACUCAUAGGUUAUUAGGCAAUUUUUUUCUACUGGCUACCAAACAAAAAGCUAAUAUCGAGAGAGCUUUACAAGACUGUACAGUCCUCGCCAGUCAAGAUGCAUUGAAGGAUCAUGUUGGUCCAGCAUUGGGAUUGGCUACAGCUCAUAUUUUAUUAAAACAAACACCACGUGCGCGAAAUCAUUUGAAACGUGUCAGCAAGAACGUCUGGACGUUUGAGGAUGCGGAAUAUUUAGAACGUUGCUGGUUAUUGCUGGCUGAUAUUUAUGUUCAGUCAAGUAAAUAUGAUUUGGCUAAUGAACUGCUGAGACGUGUACUUCAGCACAAUGCUACUUGCGUCAGAGCUCAUGAACUGGCAGGACACAUUGCUGAAAGAGAACAAAAUUACAGAGAGGCUUCGGCGCGAUACGCACAGGCUUGGAAAUAUGGGGGAAAGUCUAAACUUUCUGUUGGGUAUAAACUUGCUUACUGUUACUUGAAAAGCAAAGCCUAUGCCGACGCCAUUGAAGCCUGUAACGAAGUCUUAAGACAAAAUGUUGAUUAUCCGCGUAUCAGAAAAGAAAUUCUAGAAAAGUCUAUUAAUAAUCUACGUACAUGAAUUUCUUCAAUUUUAUACAUGAACGUGGUUGUAUCCAAAACAAUGUCUCUUAUUUGAGUUGACUUAUAAUAAUUGUAAUAUAGUUUUGAUUUUAUAUAACUCCAACCCCUGCACAAUUUCCGUCCGUUAAUUCAAGUAUUAUAUUAAUAUAAGUUAUCUACGUUAACAAAUAAAUGAAUUAAUUCAA